CGCCCCACGCGCGCGCGCUCGCGCACCACGCGCCCCGCGCGGCCCGCCCGGCUCGUGGCCUCCCGAGAGCAAGAUAUGGGAAAGCAGAACCACCAAAAGGAGUGAUGACCAGCGAUCUCAUGAGAAGUCUGGAUGUUAGUUCUCAUGCCUCAGGACAUCCAGUUGGGAACUCCACAGCAGCUCCUGGGAUCAGACUUUCAUCCACUUAAUACCCCUGUUUGCCUGAACUACUAGAGCCAGUCCUAGCUAACCACGAAUGGCUACCCAGAGGAAACACUUGGUGAAAGACUUCAAUCCUUACAUCACUUGCUAUAUCUGUAAAGGGUAUCUGAUCAAGCCAACUACAGUGACGGAAUGCCUCCAUACCUUCUGUAAGACUUGUAUUGUCCAGCACUUUGAAGACAGCAAUGAUUGUCCAAGGUGUGGCAACCAGGUUCAUGAGACAAACCCGUUAGAAAUGUUGAGGUUGGAUAACACAUUAGAGGAAAUUAUAUUUAAGUUGGUCCCUGGACUACGAGAACAAGAACUUGAGCAUGAGUCUGAAUUUUGGAAGAAAAACAAGCCUCAAGAAAAUGGACAAGAUGAUACUUCAAAAGCUGACAAACCUAAAGUAGAUGAAGAAGGUGAUGAAAAUCAAGAUGAUAAAGACUAUCACAGAAGUGACCCACAAAUUGCUAUAUGUCUAGAUUGUUUACGAAAUAAUGGACAAUCAGGGGACAAUGUAGUAAAGGGUUUAAUGAAGAAAUUCAUUCGGUGUUCUACACGUGUAACUGUGGGAACGAUUAAAAAAUUUCUAAGUUUAAAACUAAAACUUCCAAGUUCUUAUGAGUUGGAUGUGCUGUGCAAUGGUGAAAUUAUGGGGAAGGAUCAUACUAUGGAGUUCAUCUACAUGACAAGAUGGCGGCUAAGAGGCGAAAACUUUCGGUGUCUGAACUGCUCAGCUUCGCAAGUCUGCCCUCAGGAUGGCCCUUUGUAUCAGUCAUACCCCAUGGUAUUGCAGUAUCGACCAAGAAUUGAUUUUGGUUAGACCACGGGGCCUAGAUCCCACUGAAUGAAUCCUGCACUACGUGUUUACUCAUCGACAGACUGCACAGUGAACGGUGUGUGGACUGGAGGGACACAACCAGAUUUUCAGCAUGCGAAUAAGGCCAUUGUCUGUCUCUAAAUUGUCAGUUGCAUUUUUGUUGUUUCUAUUAAGAGCAAACCAAGUGCCAUUCUGCUACUGAACCAUCUGCAUAAGCACCAUCUGACAGAUCUUAGGAAAUCCUCAAAGGUGAAAAAGAGAUUAACACAACAAAUAGCCUCCCUCUGGAUGAAAAGUGGGAGAAAUACAUACUUUGAAAAGAAAAUUGAAAUUGAGAUUUUAAAUUCUAAUUUGAGAAGCUUUUUAUUCCAUGGAGGCGAUACAGACUAAAAUUAUACUUAUUUAGUUCCUGGGUUCUUAGUAAUGUGAGAAAUUUUAUUAAAGACAGACUUUGGUAAAAGUGCGGACAUGCUUACUUGUAAUAGAAAAUAGUGCAUUCUGUUGGAUUCACAUAAGUAAAUGCAUUUUCUGUAUUCAAAAGCAGAAUUUUCCUAAAGGCCUGUGGUUUUUUUUAAAGUAACUCUUUGUCUUGUUUCUCAGCAAUGACUUUGUUUUUAGAAUCUAGCCAUACAGCCAAAUUCGGCAAGAUAAGCCCCAGAUGAAGAGCAUAUACACCAGGUUAAGCCCUGUCCUCACACCGAUCUUUUGGGGAGCCCAUGCUGUGGGCCACCUCAAGUAAAGCUCACAUUAUGAAGUCUUCCUGACAGGCCACCUGGUAAACCGCAUUGGAUCGGAUAAAGAUGGAUGCACUCCAUUAUAUACUCUGGUUUACCAUAAGGAAUUUUCCAGCAGGCUGAGCUUUAUACCAGUGAGAUACAGAUAUUGGUUGUGGGAAUUACAAAAAUGAGUGAGUUUGCCAUAACUUUAAUUUUCUGGGUUAGAAACAUGAAAUGCUAUUAUUUUAAGAUAUAUACCUAUCCCUACAGUAAGGAAUAUAACAUGUCUGCCAGAUCUGGUUUAUAAAAAUUGAAAAAUAUUAAAUAUACUAGAAACUCAAACCCUUUGAAAGCACAAAAUAACCAACUAAUUCUGGAUUUACUUGAUAUACCUAGUUCAAUAGUAUUUUGUUGAAAAAAGUUCAGAUUGAAAGUUCAUUAAAAUGUACUCAAAUAUACAUUACAGGGUUUUCAUAGUUUUUUCUUAAAACAGUGGCAUUUUCCCAAAUAAUUUAAAAGUGAUUCUCUUCCUAAUGUAAUGUAGUUUUCACAAGUAGUGUGUUUAUUUGCUAUCCUUACUAUAUUUUCAAAUAGAAUUAAAAUGCUCGAGCACUUCCUUUUCAGAAAGUUACAAAAUUAAACAAAAAUAAAUUAUUUUAAAUGCUCAUUAGAAUGUGUCCGAAUACUUGUUAUGCCCCUUUCUCUAGGAUUCAAAACUUGAGUCAUUAUUCAGAAAUGCUUUUUAAUUUUAAUUACCUUUAAAUCUAGAAUCAAGUGAAACAUAUUAAAUACUGGGUCCAGUUUUCUUCCAUCGUUCAGAGCUUCAUGGAAUAAGAAACUAAUCUAGUAAAAACUGAAGAUUAAAUAUUUCUGGGCAGUGCAGAGAUAGUGAAUAGAUUAUGUAUCCGUGGACUUCACAUCAGUCCAGCAGAGCAGGAGUUCUGCACAUUCGAAAUGGAACGGGAUCAGCCUAACGUUGUUUGGGGUUGGUUUUCUUUCGCUGUAUUUUUUUGAGUGGGGAUGGGGGCCCAAGUGUCCUUAUGAAGCUGUGGUCGGCAAGAGCUUGUGGGGGGAGCACCAGUGUUGUGCUGUGUUCCUGCAUCUGGCAGCACAACAGCAAGCACCAGUUUUUAAUAGAGUAGCCCUCACACUAAAUAAAACCAUCAUAGACUAUACUGUACAGUUAUGUUGCUAAUUUUCCUUUGAAAUAUAAAAUAUUUUAAGUUUUUUUUUUUUUU